UAUUUCGCGACGUACAUCGUUAUAACGCGUAACGCGGAAAGUGUCCCGAUCUGGGACAGUCCGGAUACCCCACCCGCGAUCCAGCGACCCGUCGAUCCCGAUGGCCUCCGGCUUCACUCCCUCUUUUUUCGCCUCACCUCCGCCUGUUCUCUCGGUGCCUUCCCUUUCGGUCUUUGGUCCUCGCUGCCAUCCGGUCGAGACCGGCAGGGUUUACUAAGACAGCACGCGUCCUCCAGAAACUUCAGUGUAAGACGCGCGCUCGCACUUGAAGGAUCAUCGGAUUUCCUCCACUUUGACAGAGGGACACGAGACAGGACGUUUGAGGGUGCGAAAGAGAGAGGGCGGAGGAGAAGAUCCAAUUAAUUCAUGCGGGAUGCCGAUGUGACGUUCGACAGUUCGAGUGCGAGAUCUCCUGCGUCUUCAGUAUCGAUCCGAUUGUGAUCCAUCGCGAUUUCGGUGUUCCUGAUCGGGGGUUUCUGUGGAAAGCGCAAUGUGGGGUCGUGGUGUUCUGCUAGUGUCGUUCGCGCUCAUAGCGCUUGGAACGACGAAAUGCCCGACGAGGAAAGCGUCGCCCGUCAGGGAGAUCCUCUGCUACACUUCCAGCUACGACGCGCAGCUUCUGGACGGCUCCGUGUGCGGCUGCACCACUCUGGUGCACCAAAGUCACGACGUGCGGAAUCUCUCAAUUUCCGACAUCUCUGACUUGCGGAAAACUUUGAAAGAGAUGUAUCCGCCUCUACAGUUCGUAAUUUCUAUACACGAUCCCGCGAUGACGCUCAGAAAUUCCGCCAUGAUACGACAGGAAGCUAUCGCUCGAAUUAUUGCCGUUAUGAAAGAGGUGGACGGCGUGGAAAUGAACGUGACGGCGGGUUCGAAGGAGCGUCUUUACAAUUUUGUCAAAAGUCUUAAAAACGAAAUGAUUCGAAAGUCUUACGACAAGAGAAUUUUCAUGACGUUGCCCAUUAGACCGGAGGAUUUAGCCAAGCAGUUCGAUAUUAAGGAACUCAUAAAAUACGUCGAUCUGUUUACACUGCCAACGGAUUAUAUGACGGACGAAGACGGAGCCUUCGUUACCUUUCACCCCUCACGUCUGAUGGGACUUUUCGACAUACUAAACACCGAUAGCUUGGUAGACUUGAUAAGUGGAUUAGGAGCACCCAAGCAGAAGAUCGUGAUGACCUUGCCGGCCAAUGCGUACAAAUUCACUUUGAAGAACGAGGAUGAAAACACUCCAAGAUCAGGAACUACGGAGAAGGAGCCUGCGCCAAUCGAUCGUAUACAGCUCUGCGAAGCCAUAAACAGCGGGGAAUGGACCGUGGAACGAGAUGAAGAUCUCACGGCGCCGUACGCAUUUCAAAACAAAACGUGGAUCGCUUUCGAAGAUAAGAUUUCAGUCGGAAUAAAGGGGAAAUACGCGUUGCUGCGAGACUUGGCGGGAUUGGCGGUGCGAAAUGUGGAGAACGACGUGGAGACCGAGUGUGAAGUACCGCUCACGCAAGAAAUUUAUUAUUCCUUCACGGAGUUUAGGAGAAAAUCGAGACAAGCCGUGCUCAGUGCACUCGAAGACGAGCUUCAUCAAAUGCAAUUUUCGUAUCCUAAUCACGCGAAAACGUCCAGCUUCCGCGUCGUUCGGGUGGUAGACACGGAGGGGCACAUCAGAGCAGUGCGCGAAAACACGCAAACCGAGUUCGUUUGCAGACGGCAAGGCUACUUUGUCCAUCCGAGGAGUUGUAAUAGAUUCUAUCGCUGCGUGAAAUUCAAUCAAGAAAUAGAAGAUUAUUCCGUUUUCGAAUUCGAUUGUCCAGCUGGACUGUCGUUUGAUGAGAGCACGGAGGUUUGUGUUUGGCCAGGCUCAUUGCCCGAGGGCUCACCUUGUCCCGGUAGCAGCGAGAUUGCUCCUGUCACCCCGAAGAGAUUUGAAUGUUCUCAACCCGGCUAUUACGCGGAUCCGCAAAAUUGCCGUUGGUUCUUCGCCUGCAUGGACUUAGGUGGAGAGGAGCUGAUGGCGUUUGAGUUUCGUUGUCCGUACGGCUUGGUGUUCGACGAGAAAAAGCUCGUGUGCGAGUGGCCUUGGCUGGUUCCAGCGUGCUCGGGAUCCGGGUCAGGUUACACCAGAACGGAAUAUAACUACGGGGGCUACACCGCGGGAGCCUCUAGCAGCGUUGGAGUUGGUGGUUAUGUUAACAGUGGUUUACCGGAAUACUCCGUCACGGCGGGAAUGGAUUAUUCCAACGUGGACUACUCUACCGGUGCCGGUGUCCAAGGAACAGGUUAUUUCGGAUCCACCACAGGAGAUACCGAUAAACAUCCUGGUAUCUCAAUUUCCGGCGCUGGACAUGUAGGACUAGGUCAAGUCGGUACCGAUUACUCUAAAUCCACCGAAUACAGAGGAGCAGUAACUUCUGUUCCGACGUACAGUGGAUCAUCCGGUAUACAGUUUGGCUCGGUACCAUCUAGUACGUUCGUCGUGGGAGAAGGUGGCACGGGAUAUUCUACAGCGAGCAGUAAAAUUGACGAUACUGGAUAUACCGUAUCUACUGGUCAAGAUAGAUACUCCGCAUCUACUGGUGGAUUUAAUACUGGAUUUACACACGCGGGAGGAAUUACUGCGGAUUUUCCCGGAUCUACGACAAGAGAGUACUCCGGAACUGCUAGUGGAAGUCACUUGACGGAGCAAGGUGUAACUUAUUCGGGAAGACCUCCAGUCUCAAGCUAUCCUAGUUCGGCACCAAGUGGCUAUACAGGAAGCGUCAGUACAAGUAGUCCGAUAACAGAUACAAGUUAUUCGAGAACUUCGGGAGAUUACUUCGGAUCCACUUCAGGAUCACCUGGUUCAUCCAUUGGUGUCCAUAGAGAAUCUACUAGUCCUAGAUAUGGUGGGUCGACAAAUGUAUACUCAGGAUCUAGCACGUUUAAUGCCAAUGAUUACUCGGCUUCUACCGGUGUUUAUUCAGAAGCAACCGGACGUCAGCCAACGUUCGGCGUAACCGGCCCGUCAUUCGGAUCUGUGUCUUAUCCCGGAGCUAGCGGCAAUAUUGAAAUCACAGGAUCGACUGCAACAGCAUACGGAGGCUCAAGUCCAUAUAGUACAACGGGCAUAGGUCGAAUCCCAGGAACUGACUUCGUUAGCGGCGUUCCGAAAUCCGAACUGGAAACUUCAAGAAUUUCUACUGUCUCCGGACGUGUGACUUCUAGACCAACAAGCGUCUCUUCGACAACAGGCUAUAGAUAUGGCAAUGAGGAUGGAUAUACAAUUCCUGUAUUCGUACAACACGAAGAACCCUCAAUUUAUCCCUCCAUUGGAACAACAAGAGGCGGAACGACUGGACCGAGCGGAAUCGGUUUAACAAGUGGCUACGGAAAAACUAAUUUAAACAUAAGUAUUUUUGGGAAUGAGAUUCCUACCGGUUACGACAUACAGAGAGGCACCACUGGUGCCAUUCAAACUGGGAGUAGCGUAGAUGGCAGUAUUAUUAUCGGUGACUCCUUUUCGGGGACCACAUUUAGUCACGGAAAUGUUCCUGGAGCGGUGUCAACUUCUGCCGUUAACCAGGGCACUAUCUUGACCGGAGGUAUAAGACCUGGGUACGUCGCCACCUCUUCCGGGACACCCGGUUAUGCGAUCAGCGAUGGCGUGAAGACUGUAGAAAUCGGUUCAGCUAGUCCGGGAACUCUGCUAUACGGAACGCCGAGUCCUGCGAUUUCAAUAAGCGGUCCUUCGACAGCCGGUGUUCUUUUGAAAGGUGACUCUAUCCCAAGCAGUGCUAUCUUUGGACAAACUGCUCCUGGAGUGUCUAUAGGAGGUUCCAUUCAACCGGGUUCGACAAUUGAGAGCUCGACCCGUAGAUAUGAGUCACAAUCAACUUAUCACGGCAUCAGCGGUGCCACAGAUUCAAUUACCUAUUCGAGUAGCACUCCAAGGGAAGGCCUGACACCUACAACUCCUCAAGGCUACAGAACUGACGGUUCGUCCGUCACUUUUACUUCACCAGGCUAUUCCUCGACAGCUGCACCGGGUGGUCGCAUCACCGUUCAGUCAGCUACUUCCGGCUAUUCAUAUCCUAAGCCGGCCGUUCAAUUCGGAACUAGCACCGUCACGUUCAACGCCGAUACUAGCAAGUAUACAGAGAACGAUAUUCCAGAUUACAGGCCAACCAGCGCUAUUCUUCCCGAAUCAUUUGUACCUGGAGGUAGAAUAGAAGACACCAGGGGUGGUAUUUUUGGUUCUACUUUUGAAGGCUCAACUACUCCAGGAUACUCCUCUAGUAAAUCGGCCGUUUUUACACCAAGUGGAUUCACAAAGACUGGUCCAACUAGGACGGGUAUAACCACAGCUGUCCUCGGAGGUGGCGGUAGCUACUCGAUAAGCCCGAGUGAUCGUCGGCCUACUUACAGUCCCGACAAUAUCAGCGAGAAGGCAUUCGAGGGAAAUGUCGCUGGGUAUACCAAGACAUCGUUUACUGACGGUCCGUCUGUCACUUUUACUCCACCAGGCUAUUCCUCGACAGCUGCAUCGGGUGGUCGCAUCACCGUUCAGUCAGCUACUUCCGGCUAUUCAUAUCCUAAGCCGGCCGUUCAAUUCGGAACUAGCACCGUCACGUUCAACGCCGAUACUAGCAAGUAUACAGAGAACGAUAUUCCAGAUUACAGGCCAACCAGCGCUAUUCUUCCCGAAUCAUUUGUACCUGGAGGUAGAAUAGAAGACACCAGGGGUGGUAUUUUUGGUUCUACUUUUGAAGGCUCAACUACUCCAGGAUACUCCUCUAGUAAAUCGGCCGUUUUUACACCAAGUGGAUUUACAAAGACUGGUCCAACUAGGACGGGUAUAACCACAGCUGUCCUCGGAGGUGGCGGUAGCUACUCGAUAAGCCCAAGUGAUCGUCGGCCUACUUACAGUCCCGACAAUAUCAGCGAGAAGGCAUUCGAGGGAAAUGUCGCUGGGUAUACCAAGACAUCGUUUACUGACGGUCCGUCUGUCACUUUUACUCCACCAGGCUAUUCCUCGGCAGCUGCAUCGGGUGGUCGCGUCACCGUUCAAUCAGCUACUUCCGGUUACUCGUAUCCUAAGCCAGCCGUUCAAUUCGGAACUAGCGGCGCCACAUUCUCCUCGACACCAAUUGCGCCGACUGGAAAUGAUUUACCAGUCACGACAUCGAGACCGUUCUUCGGCCGCUUACCAACGUCAUCAGUCAGGCCCGUAAUUUACACUACUGAACAACCAGAGAUUUACGAAACAACUUCUUUUGAAUCGAAUAAAAUUCCGGUGGCUGUGUCGUCCGUCAGACCUGUAACCGAAUACAAAACUGAUGACCGAUUUAGCCAAAGGACGGGCAGUCCUGCAUCAGUAUCCACGUCUAGCAUCGGUUUAGGAGUCUCUUUUCAACGAACCGAUUUGAAUGGCCCGACAGGCUAUAGCUCUUCAUUAGGAUACCUCCCGCCAAAGCCAACAGAGGCUGGCGUGGUUGUGUCCACCACAAAGUAUGAUGAAUCUACGGUAACCGCGCGACCAGAGUUCGGAGUAACAUACAAAAGACCUUCACCGGUCCCCGACGUUACGUACGGAGGUCCUUCCUCGUUUCAUACGCCCACCACAUACAGGCCUUCCUACUAUCCCGGUCAAGGAUUUUCGUCCACUCCAUCUUUCCUAGAAACAACCCUUAGCGGCGGCUCGCCGACAAACCUGGGUAUUUCAAGAGAUAAGAUCGACAAGUUAAUUACAAACUACGACAGGGGUACCGUCAAGUACACGCCAAACAUAUACGACACUUAUUCGAGCUCAGGAUUCGGUUCAACCUCAACCAAGAAAUUUACUUCAUCAUCGUCUUUCACGAAGUCACCAUUCUUCCCGAAGACCGACAGUGGCUUGGGUUUCACAACGCCAUCCGGCAUUCGCCCUUCGACAUUUUCAUACGAAGUUACCACAAAGUCGCCCGAAGGCAAGGACAAAGUUAUCAUAAAGUGGAGCGAUCUUCAUCCACUUCUUCUGAGCAAACUCGGAGCAGAAUGCACAUGCAAGGCCGAUCCCUUUGCCAAUCUUCGUGGCCCGGUAAGGAAGCUGAUUGACUCUUCCAAAGGCAAGGUGGAUUUGGUUAACUAUGACUCUUCUGAAAUCUACGUCGAUUUUGGUUCCGCUGAAAAGGACGACUAUUCCACCAAUUAUGACAGUUUUCCAGCCCAGCCGUUUAAGAUUAGCGGUCCAUAUGAAGAAACGGGUACUAUUUCAACCAAUUUGCCAUCAUCCUCUUACUUACCUGCGGCAGAUGCCAGAACACCCGCGAGAAGUAACGAGUUCCAUUCGGGUCGAAAGGGCAAGAAAUUGGAGUACGAAGACGAAAAAGAAGAGGAAGAAAAAGAUGAAUAUUAUGAGGAUGAUCCUGAUCAGAUAAUUAACGGUGUCACCGAUUGCGCUAGGCCAGGCCUCUUCAGGCAUCCCGCCCUUUGCAAUAAAUUCUACGCUUGCCACUGGGAUCAAUGGAAGAAGAAAUUCACGCUUCACAUCUUUAAUUGUCCGGUUCACUUAACGUUUGAUUCAAACGCGGGCGCGUGCAACUGGCCCAGCAAGGGACCAGCUUGCCAAGCCAACAAUUUAUUAGUGUAAAUGCGUUAUUUUAGAUUUUUAUUAUCGGUCAAUCAGCGUUCUCUUUACAUGCUUAUGGUAUUUCUUCUAAAAUUCUUUUGUACAUAACGAAUAGAAGAAGUCAAAGUCUAAUUGUACAUUUUAAAA